GUGCGUUUUUUCCGAGUCCUCUGUCGUGGAGGAGUCUCAGAUCUUCAGCACUAACUGCACCUCGGAAUGUCCCCGGGCCUAUCGUGUCUUGCUUUUCCUUCCUCAUACUCUGACAGAUAUGUGUACGCUUCCCGAGAGGCUGCAUUAUGCAGAGCUUGAGGAGAGUUUCAGCACAAAGAAGAACUUUGCUGUCGGGACCACGGUGUCAUACAUCUGCCGUCCGGGGUAUAAGAGGAUCCACGGAAUAUCAUCAGUUCGUACAUGUGGUGAAGACUUAGAGUGGUCACCCAUAGAGCAGUUUUGUACAGAGAGAAAAUGUAUCCAUCCAGGACAUUUAGAACAUGGUUAUAUUAAUGUGACGGAUCUUUCAUUUGGUUCAAAAGCUACUUUUUCUUGUGAAAAAGGAUUCAGAUUACGUGGAAUUGAUGAAAUUUCCUGUGUAAUUAAGGAUAAAGGUGUUGACUGGAAUGGACAUCUUCCUCUCUGUGAAAGAAUUCCCUGUGAACCGCCCCCCAGCAUAGCCAACGGCCGCUACACCGAAGCAGAUAACUAUGUUUAUGGAACAUCAGUGACCUACACGUGUGAUGAUGCUCCGAAAGGCGUGGAUCCUUUCUCGCUGGUUGGCUCAGCCACUCUUUUCUGCAUGUACGAUGAACAGUCAAAUGGAGUUUGGAGUGGGCCGCCUCCACAGUGUAGAGUGGUCAAAUGUGAUAACCCGAAAGUUCAAAAUGGGAAAAAAAAAGGUGGAUUUGGAUCUUCCUAUGGCUAUAUGGACACAGUCAUGUUUGAGUGUGAUCCAGGCUACGUCCUGAUCGGACCAGAGGUAAUUACUUGCGGAGAGAAUGGUGCCUGGUCUCCAAAACCAACUUGUGAAAAAAUUGCCGAAGACGUAUGUGGUGCCCCAAAGAUCAAACAUGGAGUAGUGAUUCCAGCGAAAUCUGUGUAUGAAGGAGGAGAAUCUGUUCAGAUAAAGUGCAAUGUUCACUGUGCUUUUCCUGAUGGCACUGAAGAGAUGACAGUAACUUGUCAAGGACACAAUAUAUGGAGUUCUUUACAAAACUGUGCAUGUGGGUCUGUAAGUUCUGGAUUCACGCCAGUCAUAAGUAAUGGGAGAGUAAUUGAUGGAGAAAAACCUUUCCAUUAUUUUGUCGGGGAUUUCAUUGUGAUUGAGUGUGAUCCAGGCUACACCUUACAUGGCGAAGCUCGUAUCCAGUAUAUUGGAGAAAACCAGUGGAAUCCUGGAGUGCCAACUUGCCAGUUAAGUGUGUAUCUGACGGUCAUCAUCGUUG